UCGCACACAGUCGCAUCCUAAACAGCGUGCCCCCCUCCUCCUGUUUCACUCCGCCUGGAAAGAUGGCUGCUCCGGUGGUGGUGAGAAGCUCCGGCCCGGCGCUCUGCCCGAGCUUCGCGGAGGUCUGUUCGUUCCUGGAGCGGUACGGAGCGGCGCUGGAUCUACCCGAGAUGACUUUCCCGCAGAUGGAGAGGUAUCUGCGGGACACGACGACAGUUCCUAAACCCCUUGUGGAGCUCCACGUGAAGCUGCUCAGAAAACUUGGGAGGUCUGUGUCUACUGAACGCUGGGAAAAAUACUUGGCUAAGGUUUGCCAGGAGUUGAACAAUACCUGGGCAUGGGAGCUAGAACAGAAGGGCUACCAGGAGAUGUCCAUGGAGUGCAAGUCAAGCAUCCUCAAAUAUCUCUGCGAGUGUCAGUUCGAUGACAACCUAAAGUUCAAGAUGGCGAUUAAUGAGGAGGACCCAGAGAAGAUGCGCCUGCAGCCUGUAGGUCGAGACCGGCAGGGCCUGAUGUACUGGCUUCAGCUGGACCAGGAGCAGAACAUCCGGCUGUACACGGAGGAGCAGGAUGAUCUGGAUGGAUCUACCUGGAAGUGCAUCGUCAGAACACGUAACGACCUGGCUGAGGCUCUGGAGCUGCUAAAGUCCCAGGUUGAACCAAGCCAGAACCAGGACCAGAACCAGAACCAGACCCAGUCUGGACCCAGGAGUGCCAGCCCAACAGAGAAAGAUGCCGGGGAUGAGGCCAACUCCAAAUGCUCCAAGACGACAGAGGAACACACUGAUAGUAAGAAGGUUGACCCUGUAAACGAAGAGAAACCGCUAAUACAAGUUGUAAAGCAGGAGCAGCCUAUCAAGCAGGAAAAUGCUGAGGUGAAAGAAGAGAAGACGGACCCCAAACCGCUUGCCUUUGAUAACCGCGUGAGCACGAUAACCACCGUCAUCAAAUCAGAAUCCAGGGACACUGACGCUCCUAAAAACGCUGUAUCCGUCGUCAUGGCACCAGGUGCGACUGUGACCAAACAGGAAAUGAACAAGGAAGAGGAAGCGGAGCGGGCAGUCGUUAGGAGCAGCCAGCAGGCCAAGAUACCACUGAAGAAGAGGGAGCUUAAGCUUGCUGAGAGCUACCAAAGCAACCACCUUAACAACAGUAACAGCAGUAGUAUUAUUGUGUGUAACCCUUCAGUGAUUCAGACCAAGGACAAUCACGGAAGAGAGGGGAAGUUACCUAACUCAUUAGCACCCUCCGGUAGUCCAGGGGCCUCACAACAGCAGCAGCAACUAGUGGUCACUGCAUCGAGGCUAGAAUUGACUAACGGGAGAGCGUCUCUCCUCCUGCCGCACAAAGAGGGACAAAAUGGAGUCAUAGGGGUCAUAGGUCAAGUCGGCGUUGUAGGUCAUGUAGGUGUCAUUCGCAGCCCCUCUGAGCGGCUUAGAGCCCCCGGGACUGAGCAGCAGCAGGAACAAAAUGGGCCGAGUUUAGACCACCGGGCCUUAAGAGCUGUGGAGGAUGAAAGGGAGGUGAGCCGGCAGUCAGUGCUGGUAAGGAAGGGACCUGCUGAAGGGGAGACGGCAGCAGCAGCCGCUGCCCUUCCUCCUCCAGCAGUGAUGGAUGCUGAAACAGCCACAAAACAACCGUCGUCAUUCUUAAAAUCUGAUCAACUCCCUGGAGCUGCGGAGAGAAAAACAGAUUCUAGUUCAGAUGAAUCCAAAAGACAAACGACAGAAGAGCAGGGCAAAAAGCUGACAGAGGACCAGUUAGACGGGGAGACGAAAACUGGGCAAUGCAGUCAUCAACUGAAGCGUGAUAAACUGGACGAGAGGAGAAGAAAGGUGUCUGGGCAUCCUCUGGCAGAAGAAGGAGGUAAAGAUGACCAUGAGAAGGAUAAAAGCACUUUAGGAAAGUUAAAGUCAGAAUCAGGGAGCACCAUUCCACUUCUGAAAGUAGACCAGCAGGAUAAAAAGGACCACAAGGGUGAUGGGGUCAAUGGAGGGUUGGCAGCCCAGUUUAGGGUGAAGGACACUGGGCUUGAAUCAGAAGAGAAGCAGUGUGCCCUGGAGGAAGCCUCUUCAGAGCUCCAGAAAGAAGGAAUCAGGUUGAAGAUCAAGAUUCCUCCUCACCGGAGAAACAAGUUAAAGGGAAAAGCGGGAAAGGAGGAGGAGAAAGAGAGGGAGCAGGAGGUGCAAGAGGAAGGGAGGGCGCUGAGGAGAUCUGCAAGGAUCUGCAGAUCAUCUGCUUUGCCAACCUGCAGGCCGAGCUCAAAGGUGGCUGAGAGCCAGAGAAAGAAACCACAAAGAAAACAGGCACUGCCUUCCAGAACAAGGGAAGAGGAGGAGGAGGAGGAGGAGGAGGAGGAGGAAGAGGAAGAGGAAGAGGAAGGGGAAGGGGAAGGGGAAGAAGACGAAGAGCGGAGCUCAACAACAAAGAAGGACAUAAAAACAGAACCUGUUGGGCAAAUAAGGAAACAGAGGGGUAAACGGAGGCAUCGACGCCCCAGAUGGUCCAACAUUCGUUCGAAAAGACGCAAACUGAAUGAGGGAGGGGAGGUGGAGGACAGAGGGAGGAAACGAGGAGAUGAGGACAGCGAAGGAGGAAGCGACUCGGAGGAAUCGUAUAAAUCAGAGGAGAUUCCCAGUGAGGAUGCCUGCAGUCACUGUGGCCUGCCCAACCACCCUGAACUGAUCCUGCUGUGUGACUCGUGUGAUAGUGGAUACCACACUGCCUGUCUGCGGCCGCCGCUCAUGUUGAUUCCAGAUGGAGAGUGGUUUUGUCCACCCUGCCAGCAUAAGCUGCUGUGUGAGAAACUGGAGGAGCAGCUGCUGAAUCUGGACAGCGCUCUGAAGAAAAAAGAGAGAGCAGAGAGGAGGAGGGAGCGGCUGGUGUACGUGGGAAUCAGUGUGGAGAACAUCAUUCCUGAGGGAGAUGAGGAGGAAGAGGAGAAGGCGACAAAGAAGAAAGACCCCAAAAAGAGCAAAAAUCUGGGGAGGAGAUCAACCAGAACCCGGAAGCACAUCAGCUACAGGUUUGAUGACUUUGACGAUGCCAUUGAUGAGGCUAUAGAGGAGGACAUCGGGGACCUCUGUGGUGUAACAGGGCAAGGCAAAGACAUUACCGCUAUCCUGUCAGAGGAUGGGAAGGAGAGCCAGCGGCCAAUCAGAAGCCAGGCUGUUUCUGCCAGGAACAGGAAGAAGCGGAGACUGAACGACUUGGAGAGUGACAGCACGGCAGCAGAGAGUGAAGACGAGUUCAUGAUCAGCAACAGCUCAGAGGAUGAGGAUUUCGGUGCGUCAGGGGCAGAUGAUGAUGAGGAUGAAGAUGCGGGCAGCGACGUGGGCAGUUUGGACAGCGGGACCCGGCCCAGACGGGCGGUGAGAGGGGUACCUAAACACAGACCCAGCAAGACCCAGCGCCGGGGCAGGAAACGGCUGAGACGGCGGCGGAGACGCUCCUCUGAGGAAGAGGAGGAAGACAGUGACGAAGAAAUUGACUCGGAUCAGUACAGCGACAUGACUGACAGUGACGCUGACAAAAAGAGGCGGGGUCUGAGGCGGGGUCAGCGCCAGCAGGUCAACUACCGGGAGACGUCAGAGUCGUCAGACAACUCCCGGACCUCCACCAGCAGGGUCAAGGUUAAACCCCGCGGCAGACCACGCAAGGAGCAUCUCUCGAGCGACUACAGCGAUGUGUCGGCGUCUUCCAGAGACUCGGAUGAGGAGGACGAUAUUGAAGACGAAGAGGAAGAUGAUCAGAGAAGGAGAGUGAACAGGAGGAGAAGAGAGGAGGAAGACCUCCGGAGAAACAGGACGAGAGAAAAGCGCAGGAGAUGCAAAGAGGACGAGGAGGAUGACAGAGAGAGAGGGAGGCGGCUGAAACGGAAACUACUAGAGAGGGAGAAGGACAAAGACAAGAGGAGGAGAUUAAAGAGGACAGACAGAGAAGAGGAGGACCUGGAGAAGAUGGGCAGGGGGAAGAGGAGAGAGAUCCUGUCAGAGCAGCGGCGUAAACGGCUCGCUCAAAUGCUGAAGAAGCGGCGACCUUCGACGGACGAAGAGGAUGAGGAAGAGUCGGAGGAAUCUGAGUCCUCGUCGGAAGAGGAUCGUCCAAUCCGCAAAAGACUCAACCGGAUCGACUCUGACGAUGAUGAAGAGAAAGAUGAGGAGGAAGAGGAGGGGAGACAGAAGAUGACGACCAAAAAGUCUUCAGCGGGAGAGAGGAGGGCCGACAGCGAUGCUCAGGAAAAGGGGAGGGGCCGUAGCCUGUCUCCGCCAAACGGACAUCGGACCUCCAGAGGCCCGGUGAAGCCUGGGGCUGGAAGUCCCGCCGUGCCCAGGGACACUGCAGGAUCAGGCAGGCAGGGCAGGGACAAUGGCCCCUUACAUCCAGAGGAGGAGGAAGAUGAGGGCCAGACAGACUCAUUAAACUCUGUCCAGAACAGUUCGCAGUCAUGAUGGCUGAGUGAGUAACGCUCGCUUAAUUGUUUCAGUUUUUUUCUUUUAACUGUCAGGCCUUUUUACCCACAAACCACCUUUGAAACUGGAUAUCUCUUUCUCUCCCCCUUCUUAUUCUCCUGUCUUGCUCUCCCUCCUCGCUGUUGUAUUGUGGUAGAGUGCUAUCCACCGUCACGUACUGUACGUCACAACAAAAACUCACGAGUACUCACACGCUAGCCGUCGCCUCUGGCAGAACGUAACGGCCAGCCGGCCGGACCGAAAUGACCCUCACGCCAGGACUGGCAGCACUGGAUGUGUCUGUGGACGCGCUCGCACACAGCCGGAGGUCAUCGUGGCCGUUUCCCUGAACUCUUGAGUUCAGGACGUCUUUCUGGUGGGUCCAUGUGGCAGGAUGAUAGUAGAUCCAUCCCCAUUCGGACUUCACUUCAUCAUUGAACGCACUUCGUCAUUCUCAUAGCACAUAAUGACCCGCCACCAAGGAGAGUGCCAGUGUCAAACCGAACGCUUUGAUGUGGGAGAGACCAGACUUGAUGCCCCUGAGCCUCUAGUGGUAUCUACCCAUGCAGAUAUAUUUGGUUUUGUUUGUCCAGGUUUUGUGAUUUCAGUCUCCACCCCGAUACGCUGGAAGUGAAUGGAACUGUGUUUGUGGCGCUCACAAACGCAAUUUUGGUGUUUUCAUUGUUGUGGUGCUGUACUGAAAAAUUACCCAGUAGCCUAAGGGUGAAGGCGUAUACCGCACACAUCCAAGGUUUGACUCCUAGCUCCUAUUCUCUCCCCAUGUUCCCCAGGAUUCACCUCGACUAUGUACAGAAAUCUCAGACAAAACCUGCUAAAAUAAAACUAAAACUAUCUGCAUGGGUAAAUGUUGUUAUUAAAUGUUUUUUUUUUUUGUUUUGUAAUUUGGGUGAAUCCACCCUUGAAACAAGAUGCUUUCUGUAAAUAACCCUGGAUAAGAUCAUGACCCAAAUAACCAAACGAUGUAAAGUUACAUGCAAACUGCAGUUAUAAUUAGACAGAAUCAAGACACACUGACUACUGAAAUUAGUUGGGUUUUAGUUCGAUGGCACCUGAACGACUUUAACCAGAGCGUGGUUAAACUGAACCUGCUGCUCCUCCACACACGAGACAGUUCAGCCUCACAGAGAGCGCUAAUUUGCCCUUAAACAGCUGAUUAAAAAGUGUUAAUCUCCAUUACAAACAAGGUCAUUUAGGUCGUGUUUUUUAAAACACAAAAAAAUCACAAACAUUGUCUGGUUACAGCUUCUCAGUGGUGACGAUGAUUUUCUUUGUCUAACGUAAAAAGAAACUGAAUAUUUUUAGGUUUUGAACUGUUGGUCGGACAAAUAAAAACACCUUAGGAUUUAGUAAAUUGUGAUGAAGUUUUUUCGUCCGGCUGUAUCUGGCAACUUAACUUUAUUCACAUGACCUUCAUCAUAUUACGUUAAGAGCUGGACGAGGCACACGUCGGACCAUUUUGGAUCCAAGAAACAUUCGGGACGUUCUGUCCGACAGCCAAAGUGUUCGGUUUCAGACUGGUCAAUCAUUUGUUCCAUAUGUUCACAAAACCUUGGGCUGGUGGGACCACGGUUGCUGUACAUACUUGGCCUGUGCGCUGUUCCUUGUAAGAUAAUAGAUGUUCUGUUCUCUUAGUCCUCUUGUAAAAUAUAGUGUUAUAUUUUCUAUAUGAAGGAGAGGAGGAGAGAUGCUGCUGUGAGUGAUGUGUGGAUCGAUUUAAGGUUCCAACUGCGAGUUCAUCAGCGGUUUGUUUGGUUUGUUUUGAGAUUCUGCGGCCGUUGAUUUGUGUGAAAUAAGACCAGCGUGGAGCCUCUUCACCAGGAAAAAUGUCCCAGAAUUUGUUUCAAAGAGUCGAAUAUCGCUUCACUUUCAGCCCCGUGUCGUACAACUUUAAAGGUUUUUAACAUUUUGUCUCCCUGAAGGGUCGUCACCUGGGUUUGUUUGUUAUUUGUCAGGUGAGAGAAAUGAACUCUGGUUACAACUUGUUUUCUCUCUCUCUCUCUCUCUUGUUCGCUCUCGCUCUCUCUCUUUAGGGAUUUACACUUGUCAUCUAAAAGUGUUUAUCUGGUAAAACAGCUGAAGUUGCAGGUGAAUUUUGGGGUUUCUUUAUUGGGCAGAAUGGAAGAACAGUCAAAUCACUGUUUAGGCUUUAAAUGAGUUUUAUCCUGCUGUUCACAUAAACCAAGCUGGUUUUAGUCUGGAUACGAUGUUACCCGCCUUAUCUUUGAAUUUCUAAUAAUCCCCCCCUGCCCCUUUAAAUGCAGAAAGUUACAUUUAAAUGUUUCAGACCUUUCUUUUAUUUCUUUCUGUCUGUAAAAAGUUCCUUUUCAGAAGCAGAAUUUCCAAACUCCGAGCCUGUAUUUGUCAAACUUUUCUUUAUCAUGUUUCCAUCAACUUGCUCCUACUUACAGCAAAGUGUUAAAAUAAACUUUUAAGAGCAACUUUCGGCUAUGAUCAGAGCAGAAAAAGCCGUUUAGAGACAAGGAUUUAUCCUACAUCUGUUCAUUCUUCCAAAAAUCCUCAUCUUUUUCUGCAAAAAAUAAAUUUGUGUGAAAUCCUUAAUAUCUUCACUAGCUAUUAACAUUUACAAUUAACAACAAUCUAAUAUAUGAAUAUAUUGAUAGGGGAAAAAAUCAUUGAAAACUGACUGAAAUGGAAACCAAAAGAUACCAAACUGGAGCUGCUGGUGUAGUAAGGAGAAUUAAGUACCACGUUGACAAGUUCAGACAAUUAAAUGCAAUAAGUGACCUCAAACUAAAUAAAUAUGAGAUUUAUUCUGUUUGAAUCCCUGAUUUAAAAAAUAAAAAGUGGUUUAACUUCCUAUCAAAUGUAAAUAAUAGACUAAAACUUCCCUUUUCUGAACGUAUUAUUCAUCAUGACCAGUUAUAUUUUGUACCAUCACUAAAAACAUGUUUCAGAAGAUGUGCACUCUCCUGUGUUUGUACCGCUGUCAUUAGAACACAUACUUUCAGUGACAAACAAUUACUUUAUUAAGAAUAAUGAUGAGAAAUGUGACGGCUGUGAGUAGGAGUAAAAGUGAAGGAUUUGUAUACUUUAUACCUUCACUUUUAGAAGUUUGGUAAAUACGGGUCCUGAUCAGUCUGCAGCUCUGGUUGUGAUCUGAUGAGACGGGAGAUCCUGAGAGUAUAUUUUUAAUGGUUUCAAACACAGAACAAAAGCAUUCAGCUGAGGUCACCAAAAACAUUUUAAGUGUGAUUAAGUUUUCCGGGUGCAGGAUUUGUUUUAAGAAAAUUCAUUCUAGCAAUUUUUUUAUCUUAAGAUGUCACAAAACAAAGUAAACAGAUAAGAAGGAACUUUUUAUUUUUAUUUUCCUGCUUUCAUUCCAUUUUAAAGUUGACGUGUGAACUUUUUUAGUAAGUUGGGCACUUUAUGACUUUUGCCUGUAUGUACCGAUCUCAACAAAUGUUGGUGAGCAUACUGUAAUGAUUAAAAAUAUAAUAUUAAUCAAGUCGAUGCCAGUCAAACCUCAGAUUAUGUUAGCGGUUUUACAUUUAGUUUUGGAGAAUUUUUAAGGUGGAAAAAAGUUGUUUUCACUACUUCUGUUUGGUUUUGGGUCGCUUACGCAGGAUUUGUGCAGAGAACUCAUUUUGCCAGAAGCAUCAAAUAAGAUUUAAUUGUUGAUUUUGAUCACCAGUAUAUGAGGCUUUGGACCAAGCCUGGUACGUACUGGCUCUGCACUGACAUGUGGGUUUGUGGCAUUGACUAAAACGAUUCAGAUUACUAAAUGUUCUUCCAGGUACUUUCCUGCGAUUGUUCAGGUUUUGUGAAAACAGACACCUAAAAAUACUCUUCGGACAAGUUCUCUCUUUAGGUGGAAAAUCCAGCAAUGUUUUUCUCUCAGCACUUGAGUCAAAACUAAUACUUCUUUUAGAAUAUUCAGCUUGUUACCCCAGAUUUGUUACAUCUCAUCAUGGUGGAAAAUCCUCAGACAGCAUUUGAACAUCAAGGAUGGUAAACGCAUCUACUAACUCCGCGCCUGUGUUGCCAGUAAAGGGAGAUAAAUGUGUGUUUAUGCCACCAGCCCAAAAUCAUUCCACUGAACCGGACCUGUGUUUGCCACUGUGUGAAGAAUCUGUUGGUUUUAAAAUGUUCAGUCCAACUAAUCUGGAUUCAAACAGGCAUCACUGGAUGUGAGUGCGGCUCCUUCCAUUUCUCUGUUGUACUGUUACUGUAGUAUCGCUGUAACAUAAAUGUUUUCUAAGUUAUUAAAACCAACAUCCCAGGCAUCUCCUCGAAAA